GUGCCACUUUCAGGUCUCCUCACACUGCUGGUGUGUUCCAUUUUUUGUCAUAGGGUGCUGGCAGAUUACGGGCCUCCCAUAGCUGCUGCCAGGCCCCUAAUCUGCCAUGGGCCCCUAUACCGCCUCCUCAUGCUGCUGCCAGGUCCAGAGUCUGUCAUGGGUCCCUGUACGGCCUCCCAUUGCUGCUGUCUCCAUCGCCACACUCUGCCAUGUGCCACUUUCAGGUCUCCUCACACUCCUGCUGGUUUCCAUUUUGUCAUAGGUUGCUGUAUGGCCUCACAUUGCUGCUGCCUCCACCGCCCACACUGUGGCUCCAAACACUGGUUUUGGCCCCGUGACUGGCCAAAUGAGUGAAGUGUGCGGUGAUUCUAAGAUCGACGGCACUCAUCUGCAUGUCAUACUGACUGACAGUAUUAUUUCUCUUCCCCAGCAGACUCCAAGGGCAUUUAAAUUAAAGGUACAGUGUUCUGCACUAAUAUUA